CCCUUCUCCUCCUCUCUCGCGCUACACUCGCGCUGCGCUGCUCUCUCUCUCUCUGCACAAACCAUUAAAACCAUCUUCAUCUCUCUCUGUAUGGAAUUGCUCUCACUCUCUCUAGAACCCUAGACAUCCCGACUAUCAUUAGUCACGAUGGUUGGAGAGUGGAUUGAAAGAGGUGAUCUCUGGAAGGACAAGGUUAGGUCACUGCAGCUUCUUCUAAGAGACCGGUUCAGAGUCGCCGUCGACCGGCACCGACGCCGGCCGAGUUUCUCCGACGGCUAUUUCUCGUCGACAUUGCAACGGUGGCUCCGGCGGUUUCGCAGCUUUCGCACGGACUCAUUGCCUUCUACCACCUCCUCUUUCUGUAGGAGGAGAGUUGGUAAGGACGUGGGUGAAGAGGAGGAAUCUGUCAUCACUCGCAUGCUACAAGCUCUAGCUGUUCCUAUCCUUGGAAAUGUAUGCCAUGUUUUUAUGCAUGGUCUUAAUCGCGUCCAGAUAUAUGGUGCAGAAAAACUACAUCAGGCACUGUUAAAUAGACCGGAUAAUCAACCUCUUGUAACGGUGAGCAAUCAUGUUGCUUCAAUGGAUGACCCGUUGGUCAUUGCUUCGUUGCUUCCACCAAGCGUUCUAUUGGAUGCCCAUAGAUUGAGGUGGACACUUUGUGCAACUGAUAGAUGUUUCCGUAAUCCAGUGACAUCUGCAUUCUUUAGGUCUGUUAAAGUUUUGCCAGUUUCUCGUGGCGAUGGGAUUUAUCAGAAGGGAAUGGACAUGGCUAUCUCAAAAUUGAACAACGGCGGGUGGGUUCAUAUAUUCCCGGAGGGUAGUCGUUCCAGAGAUGGUGGGAGAACGAUGUCGUCUGUCAAGAGAGGCGUUGGGAGGUUGAUCCUGGAUGCAGACAAUAUUCCUCUGGUUGUUCCAUUUGUGCAUAUUGGGAUGCAAGAUCUCAUGCCUAUUGGAGCCAAGAUUCCACGGAUCGGCAAGACAGUAACUGUUCUUAUUGGUGAUCCAAUCUAUUUAGGUGACUUAUUCAUGGAAGGAAACCACAACAAAGCAAGAGGAAACUUGUACGAUGCUGUAUCUUCAAGGAUUGGAAAUAGACUACAGGAACUGAAGGUUCAAGUAGAAAGACUAGCUGUUGAGCAAUCACUACAAUCGCAAAACUACCCCUGGCGUUGCACAGAACGCGCUGCAAGAAUUUUGCAGCAAAUUGAUUGGGAAUCUCUUGGUAUGAACCAUUACGUAAUUCCUGAAGAUGAAAGUUGUGACGCUGAACCAGGGAUGAAUCCUAACCAUCUGAAAGAGUCGGAUUCACCUGAACCUGAUUCACCUGAACGAUACUUCAGAAUGGGCCUGUCCAAUGAAGGUGGAAUAAUGUCGAGGAUCCGAGGCUAUGUGGAUCCAACCGAGCUAAUGGGAUUUGCAGCUAGAGGCUUAUACAUGAAUCGCGGACUAAAGGAAAAUCUAACCAGCAAUCAAGGGAUUCAUCCCGUGACGGCGUGGAAAGAUUGUUGGAGGUUGGUCUAUGACAAACAGUGUAUUUCCUGCUGAAAAUGCCCUUUUGGGGGCUCUGUAAUUCAAAAAUUUUGGUUAACAUCACAGUGGAAUUAUAACUAGAGGCAUCCAAGGCCUGAGGAGUUGCCUUGAGAAGAUAGAUUUUUCUGGUAUAGUUACAAAUUUUGUCUAGGAAGUUUAAGUUAUUUCGAAUAUUAGGUUAUACCGUGUUUGCUAGAGGUUAAAGCCAUUUUAAAUUGGAUAUGGUUUUCUAGUGUACUCGUUUUCCCAGUGGGAAGUUCAUGGUAUGGGAAAAUGGUUGAUUAUUUGUUGUUGCC